UCUGGGGCUCCAGAGUAGAUCCUGUGACAGUGGGUGAGUCAGAGCCACCGGCACCGAGAGAGAGAGAGAUCGGUGGGUCAGUCGGUCGGAGAGAGGAGCCGAGUAGAUUGACUCACCGUCCCUAAAGAAAGUGAGAGUGAGAGAGUCGGGUCGGUGCAGAAUGGCGGUGCUGGAGCUCGCUCUGCAGGGUCUCUCCAUUGUCGGCCUAAUCCUGUUCGUCAUCCUGUGGCUGAUGCACUUCAUGUCCAUUGUAUAUGGACGCCUUCGCCUAAACAAGAAGACAACAGACAAGCAACCUUACAGCAAGCUUCCUGGUGUGUCCCUGCUUAAACCCCUGAAGGGAGUGGAUCCAAAUCUCAUAAACAACUUGGAAACUUUCUUUGAGCUUGAUUAUCCUAAAUUUGAAAUACUCCUUUGCGUACAAGACCAUGAUGAUCCUGCAGUCGAUGUCUGUAAAAAGCUGCUGGGCAAAUACCCAAACGUGGAUGCCAGAUUGUUUAGUGGUGGCAAAAAGGUUGGUAUUAAUCCCAAGAUAAACAAUUUGAUGCCAGGUUAUGAGGUAGCCAAAUAUGAACUUGUAUGGAUCUGUGACAGUGGAAUUCGAGUGAAACAGGACACUCUAACAGACAUGGCCAACAUGAUGACUGAGAAAGUAGGCCUGGUGCACGGAUUACCAUAUGUUGCUGACAGACAGGGAUUUGCUGCUACUUUAGAACAGGUGUACUUUGGCACAUCACAUCCAAGAACAUAUAUUUCGGCCAAUGUGACUGGCUUCAAAUGUGUAACAGGAAUGUCAUGUCUGAUGAGAAAAGAUGUAUUGGAUCAAGCUGGAGGACUUAUUGCUUUCGCCCAAUAUAUUGCUGAAGAUUAUUUUAUGUCUAAGGCAAUAGCAGACAGGGGAUGGAAAUUUGCCAUGGCAAGUCAAGUAGCAAUGCAGAAUUCUGGCAGCUAUUCCAUUUCUCUGUUCCAGUCACGAAUGAUCCGGUGGUCAAAAUUGCGUAUCAACAUGUUGCCUGCUACAAUUAUAUGUGAACCAAUCUCUGAGUGCUUUGUUGCAAGUUUGAUAAUUGGAUGGGCUGCUCACCAUGUUUUCAAAUGGGAUAUUAUGGUGUUUUUUAUGUGUCAUUGCUUGGCCUGGUUUAUAUCUGAUUACAUCCAACUCAGAGGAGUUCAGGGUGGACCUCUGUGCUUCUCAAAACUUGAUUAUGCAGUAGCUUGGUUUAUCAGAGAAUCUAUGACGAUAUACAUAUUCUUGUCUGCCAUCUGGGAUCCCAAUAUAAGGUGGCGGACAGGUCGCUACAGACUACGCUGUGGUGGCACAGCUGAAGAGAUCAUUGAUGUAUGAACACCCAGUCCUGACUGUAUAAAUGAAGAAAAAUAUUAUGUAUGAUGUUUGUACAAAGACUUUUAAAUUGUUCUACCUUCAAUAGUUUUUACUCAUGUGUCCUCGUACUGAGUUAAUUUAUUUGCCUGGCACUUGCAGUUGAAAUAAAAAAAACUUGCAGAAAAUGAAUAAAUGAGGCCAAAAAGCAUGUUUUUCUAUCCCUCUAUCCAAAGGUGUAGGUUAGAAAUUUAUUUUUUAAAAUAUAUUUUAACCUCACCACUCGUUUUUAAAAACAGAUGCAAGAAAUGCUGUUCCUUUUAACCAUUAGGUUUGGAUACCCUGGUAAUUCAACAGUACAGCACUACUUACCAAAGGAAUAAAAGCAUCUGAUGGAUAACUGUUAUUCCUCCAGUGCAAACAAUUUAAAAAUAAUACUUCAAUGGGGAGGGUGACGAACAGCAAUUUUUUUGGCCUCAUGUAGCAAUGACCAAAAGUUAGCUUAAGUUUGAUGGUUUUAUCUUCUGCAAUCUUCUGGAACAACUUUAGUAUUAAUCACUGCAUGUGUAUUUGCUUUUAGUUCUGUUUUUUGGUUGCCUUUUGAACAGCCAAGUAGCUUUUUUUUUAAAAAGGAUCAAAGCUACUCUUGGCUGUGUAAUAUUUCUCUGCUAAGUGGAUGAUAAUUCGUACAUUUCAAGACAAAGCGAAAUUGGACAUCCUUAUACAAAAGCAAAAUACUGUGGAUGCUGGAAAUCUGAAAUGCAAAUUGAAAAUGCUGGAAAGAAUCAGCUGGUAUGGCAGCAUCUGUGGAGAGAGAAAGAGUUGACAUUUUGGGUCGAUGGCCUUUCAUCAGAACUCUGGAAAGAUCCUUGACCUGAAACAAUUCUGCUCCUCUCUCUACAAGUGCUGCCUGACCUGAGUAUUUCCCAGGUUUUUUGUUUUUUUAUUAUUAUCGGGCAUCCUCAAGUUAUAACUUUCAGUGUUUGGAAAUAAGGGUGUAAACAGCUUGUAAAUAUUAAAAUGUCCUUCAGCAUUACUGAAUAAUGUUUAAUAAGUGGGAGGGCACAUAUGGGGUUAUAAUUACGACUGCAGCAACUAAUUCAGAAACUGUCAAACUGGUCUGCCAAUGGUUUUUAUUUCCGUAAAACUAUUUUGAUCUAGUCUUCAUUAAUUACAACUAGUUUGGUAUUCAUGUGGAAAUUCGAUAAAUUUUGCUGGAAGUUGUUGAUGCAUGCAGUCUAGUUUCUACUUACCCCUGGCUAAGUAUUGAUGUUUGUGUUCAAAAGCGCUGGAUUAAGUGAGCUCAUUGUCACAACUUAUAACCAAUUGCAGUGGUGAACUGGAUCUGUUAAAAGGGGGUUGAAAAUACUGUUUGUAUGCUUGGGUCUAUAGAGAUGGGACCGAAAGAGAUUUUUGUGCCUGAACAUUGUGCAGCAUUUGUCUUUGUUUUGUGGCCAUUAGAAAUGGCCACUAAAUGUGUAUUUCAUAAACUGUGACUUGUAAAAUUGUUUGCAUUCUGAACAACACCUAGCACCUAGACUUAAAAAUGUUCUUUUUUUAAAAACGGUUGGUUUACUCAAAUCACUGCUGGACAGUCAAAUCCAUGGUGUAAGCAAUAAUGAAUUUUUUUGAAACUGCAUGGCGGUGAAUGAUGCACUUUAAGCUCAGACAUUCUGGUUCACCUUGUGACCAGACAGAUCUUAGCUUAUAAUAUUGCUGUUGAUGUAUCUUUUGUAAAUCAUUUUAAAUUCGCUGACUUUCACAAGUACUUUUACUGUCAGCCAUUCACAGAAUACUUGUAUUGAAAUUGGAAAGUUUCAGAAAAUAUUUGCCAUUCGUUACACUACUGGUUAAGCCACAUUUUAUUUUGACAUUUUGUCCUUAUGGUAUAAUUUAAUUGAUUUGAAAGGUUACUCGGUAUAACCUUUGCACUGCUCAAGCAUAACAUUUUGUGUGUAUGAUCCCACCUCUCCUAUCCAUUGGCAUGAAUCAGGUGAAUCCUGAGGAAGUCCUGUGUUAUCGAAAACUGUCUAGUUGUGAUCCACCAAUUUUAAGGUUUUGUCAUUCGAGCUUUGCUGUUUACCAUUAUCUGUUGUUGUGCUGAAAUUUUUUUAUAACUCAUUUUUGUUUUAUUUAUGAAUUUUCGUUAGCCUGGCCAGUGCUGAAAUGAGAAUUCUACUUGCAGCCUAAUGCAUUGCUGGUUUUUUUCCAUGACAUUUCAGCUGUGAAGUUAAAAAAAAUGAAAGUGAUUGAAAUUGAAUCACUUCUGCUUAGUUACAAAGCAGGAUGUGGCACAGCUGAAACUAGCUUAACUGUAAAUGAAGUGGCACCAAAGCAUGAUCUCAUGAUUUUCAUAUCUUUCUUUUAUUGAGCCAUUUGUUUACUUUUAUCGGUUGCAAGUACAAGUGCAAAGAGAUAUGUCAGCAUUAAUUGUAGUUGGAUGUACAGGAUUAUUCAGGGACCCUAAUGCCUGUUGCAAAAUUCCACUGAUGUAUCUUUAGCUGUCAAAACAAUCCUGUGCUAAACCGGUCCCAGUGAUUGUGCCUCUCUGUGGGCUUUGUUGGUGUUUAAAAAUGAGCCUUAAUGUCGAUUAUACGUUCCAAGGACAUAUACGCGAUGACUACAGUCAUGUAGAAUGUGUCGGUUUUGUCCUUUGUUGGUUUAAAUCUGAGACUGCUAAGUGACACUGACCUUGCCAUGCAUACAAGCAGGCACUGAAAUGCAAAUGUGCUUUAUUUAAUUGUCAACUUUGUGUUGUGUUCCAGACUUUGCCACUAAACGCUUAAACCGUGAAAUUUUGCUUCAGAAGACUAUAUAUUCAGAGAUGUCAAUUGUACAUUCAACUUUUUACUGAAUAAAACAGAUUUGAAUGUAGUUGUAAUGUGAAUAGUUUUUGUAUGAGUUAUUUGUCACUGCUUUAUGAAGUGUUAUAGAAUAUAACAUAUGGCAUUCAUGUUUUAAUUGUUAUUAAAAAAUCAAGUGGUGAA